AUGCGACUCUUGGAAUUGUUCUUCUAUAUGCCGGAGAUCAAGACUACAUAUGGACGCUUCAGUGUCCCCGUUGGUUUACUCCGCAGUAUCACUUGGAAGAGAAGGGGAAUGCUAGGCUUCCUCCAAGUAUACCAAGCUGGCCAUUCCGUCCCCCUCGACCAGCCAGAAGCGGCUCACCUUAUGAUCUACGAUUUUAUCGAUGGCGUUCCCGGUCCAUUCCCUGGGAGCGAAUGCGGCGAGGCGGAGCUCUAG